GAACCGUUUCCUUCUUCCGCAAACACCGCUCUGUCUCGGUAGCUUCCCUGUUCCUGGCGGAUCAAUGCGGCGGUGGACCUUCCGUCUCCUGGCGCCGUUUAACGUUUCUAACAGUUCCGACAUUUAUGAGUGAUUGAUCCAGAGUCAUGACGGCCAACAGCCGCUGCUCCGCCGCGGAGCCCCCGGGCCUGGAAACCCAGCGGCGGGAGGUGGAGUCUCUGCUGCGGGAGAGCGAGCUCCGCGCCGGGGACAGCUGGUAUGUGGUGGAGCGUCGCUGGUAUGAGCAGUGGAAGGAGUUUGUGGAGACCGGAGAUCAGAACUCGUCGUCCUUCCCCGGUCAGAUCGACAACACUGAGCUGUUUGAGGACCUGGACUCGUACCACCUUAAGGAGCGCCUGGUGGAGAAUGAGGACUUUAUGCUGGUGCCGGCUGAGGCCUGGCACAAGCUGCUGGCCUGGUAUGGCAUGGUGGACGGGCAGCCGCCCCUGGAGCGCAAGGUGGUGGACCUGCCCAGCACUCUGAAGGUGGAGGUUUACCCCGUAGAGAUCUUCCUCUGUCUGCACAGCAACAUGGAGAACGUCAUCACUGCACAGUUCAGCCGUGCCGACAGCAUACACUCGAUCCAGAGGGCGAUGUGUGAGGCGUUCAGGGUGCCUCCGGGCUCAGAGUGUCGGCUGUGGAUGAAGAGUUCAGACAGCAGCUGCGAGCGUCUCAGGAACGUCCAUGUGAGCGUGUUGGACGCCUGUCUGAGCUCAGCGAUGACGGUGAUUAUGGAGAUGAGGAAUGCUGACGGGACCUGGCCGAGCUCCAGACCUCAGAUCAUGAGAAACUCUGUGGAGGAGCAGGACUCGUACCGAGGACAGCCAGGGGUCUGUGGACUCACCAACCUGGGAAACACUUGCUUCAUGAACUCUGCUCUCCAGUGUCUGAGCAACACUCCUCCUUUAACGGAGUACUUCCUGCAGAGCUCGUACCUGGAGGAGCUCAACUUCACCAACCCUCUGGGCAUGAAGGGCGAGAUCGCCGAGGCCUACGCUGACGUCAUCAAACAGAUGUGGUCCGGGAGGCAUUACUCCGUGGUGCCGCGCGUCUUCAAGACGAAGGUGGGUCACUUUGCGUCUCAGUUUCUUGGCUACCAGCAGCAUGACAGUCAGGAGCUUCUGUCCUUCCUGCUGGACGGUCUGCACGAGGACCUGAACAGGGUGAAGAACAAAGAGUACAUCGAGCUGCGGGACGCCGAGGGACGACCUGACCAGGAGGUGGCGGAGGAGGCGUGGAGGAACCACCGGCGGCGGAACGACUCUGUGAUUGUGGACACGUUCCACGGCCUCUUUAAGUCCACGCUGGUCUGUCCUGAGUGCCACAAGGUCUCUGUGACCUUCGACCCCUUCUGCUACCUGAGCGUCCCACUUCCUGUCAGCAAGGAGCGCGUCAUGGAGGUCUUCUUCGUGUCUCUGGACCCGUACGCCAAACCUGCUCAGCAUCGUGUUGUCGUUCCUAAAGCAGGAAAAGUUUCUGACCUUUGCUCCGCUCUGUCAGAGAUGACCAACGUACCGCCCACACAGAUGGUGGUCGCUGAUGUGUUCAACCAUCGUUUCUAUAAGAUCUACAACGCCGAUGAGUCUCUGAGCUGCAUACUGGACAGAGACGACAUCUUUGUGUACGAGCUGAGCGUGCCGGAGGAGCGGCAGGAGGAGCAGGUGCUGCUGGCGCUUUACCUGAGGGAGCGCUCCCACUACAGAGACUACGGCUCGGGCAGUAGCUCAUACGGCACGUCGCUGUUCGGACACCCGCUGCUGCUCAGCGUGCGGCGCAGCAGCUGCAGCCGGGAGGCCCUCUACAACCUGUUCCUGCAGAGGCUGGCACGCUAUGUGCGACCUCCCGAUCCGUCCGAGGAGCUGGAGGAAGAGGAAGAGGAGGAGGACGAUGACGAAGAGGAGCUGUACAAGACUCAGACCAACGGCAUCAGUGGCGACGAGGAGCAGGACGAUGGGGAGAAGGCGGGCCCGUCUCAGACAGAACCCUGCUGCGGUGACGGAGCAACAAACAGCCAAUCAGAAGACAGCGCUGCCGUCCAGCCGAGCCCUGACGUCAACCACACGCAGCCGUCGGAGUAUGGCGACACCGAGACCAACAACGGCACCCAGAACCAGAACCAGAAGGAGCCCAUCUGCAGCGCCAACACCGCCGACGCCACCGACGCCACCGAGGACGUUAACUCCUGCGAGGAGCCGAGCAGAACCGGCAACGCCACGUCAGAACCACCAGCAGAGCAAACGCAGCUGCCAAGCGACACCACAGAAGAAGAAAAGGAGGAGGACAAGCAGGAGGAGGCUUGCUCCCCGAGCCCGCCGGCCAAUGAGCAGCCGGCCAAGAGGAAGGCGUGUCGGAAGAGGAGGAAGAGUCUGUUCACCAUCCAGGCGGUCAACUCCAACGGCACCACGGAGCGAGGGACAGGAGAGGGCGGGAGCGCUGUGUCCUUCAGCUCUCAGCCGUAUGUGGCCAUCGACUGGGAUCCUGACAUGAAGAAGAGGUUCUACAACGAGAACGAAGCAGAGAAGUACGUGAAACACGGCAGCAUGGACAUCCCUCAGCAGCAGACCACGGUGCAGCUGCAGGAGUGCAUCGAACUGUUCACCACCGUGGAGACACUGGAGGAGGAGAACCCCUGGUACUGUCCAGUGUGUAAGAAGCACCAGCUGGCCACUAAGAAACUGGACCUGUGGUCUCUGCCGGAGGUCCUCAUCAUCCACCUGAAGAGGUUCUCCUACACCAAGUUCACCAGAGAGAAGCUGGACAGCAUCGUGGACUUCCCCCUGAGGGACCUGGACUUCUCCGGCUGCCUCCUGAGGAAGAGUGUGUCCAGCGGGGAGCCUCCGAGCCGCUACGACCUCAUCGCUGUGUCCAACCACUACGGAGGACUCCGAGACGGACAUUAUACCAGUUACGCGUGCAACAAGGACAACGGCCAGUGGUAUUACUUCGACGACAGCAAGGUGACGUACGCCAGAGAGGACCAGAUCGUGACCAACGCUGCCUACGUCUUGUUCUAUCAUCGACAAGACAAGAUCAGAAAACCCACUUUGCCCCCCCCCAACACAAGCCCGGCCUCCUCCACGCAGCCUGCCAAUGACAUCACUUCCUGUAAGGACGAGGAUGCAGAGCUGGGCGCCGCUGCUGCCUCCGCCUCCUACGUCACCAUGGAAACAGACUAAAUGAGCCCUUGAGACUGAGUUUGAAUCUUUUACAGUAAUUAGUUUGUUUUUCUCUUUGUGUCCUUUUAGUUUGUUUGUUUUUCAGAAACAACACUUGAACUUUCUCUGAUUACUUCUUUUCCCCGUUACUGAAAAUAACGGACACAAGACUCUCAGGGAGUUUGAACGUUUAACACUGAUGCGGAACGAGGAACUAAUAAGCAGAAUAAUUCGAGUUUAAGGUUUAAAUAUCAACAAUUAUAACUUGAUUGAUUGUUCAACUCAAAGUGAAGAACCACAUAAAAAUCAUCUUUCCAAUUAAUACAUUUACACCCUUAUACUGUGUUUACAUGGUGAGUUAUUAAGGAGAUGGAAAUUUGACAUUUAUUCCAUUUAGUCAUAUUCCACCUCAGUUUAUUUGCAGCCUUUUUUAAAUUAUUCAUCAUUUAAUGACAAAAUAAGAAUAUUGCUCUUUGUGUUACAACGCAUCAUUUAAAUCAAUAAAAUAUAUUUUUAAUCAGUUGUUUUAAUUGUUACAUUUUUAAAUUGAUCUCCUUCAGGCCAACAAUUGGAUUCAUUACAUUUUAAAGCUAAAAGGAUUUUAUUAUAUAUUUAAAUUGACUGAAUUUGGCACAAACACCAAUUAAAAUCCAGCUUUUGAAACAUUGGAAGCAGAUUUUUAAAGCUAUUAAAUAGUAAUUAACUUUCCAGUUCACCAGUUUUCAGUCAAAUUUGUUUAUUUUCUAACUAAAAGCAGAUUGGCUGAUGAGAACUCGUUUAAGGCCUAAUGAGGUGCGUGCAGGGGAUAAUGGGUAACCAGAGGAGUGUUUAUCAGACAAACAGAUCAUUAAUGUUGAACUAAGCUGCCAGGGACGAGAAAUCAAUCUCUUUGUAUAUUUUGGUCAUUUUUUCUUCUGGUAUUUAUUUUUUUUAAACUGAAUAAUUUCAGCUGUCACAAGACGGCACAUUUUGUUUUU